CACCACACCACUAUCUCUAGCCAAAUUUAUAGUUUCCUGCAAUAUACAGACAGUGAAGCAUCUCAUAUCUGAGAGAUAAUGGCUAGUCUCGUGCUUCUCAAGAAGUUCACCAUCUUUCUGCUCAUUUCUGUCUCCCUUUUCACUGCUACUUUUGCAGGUCGAAGAACAAAGUUUGUCAGUAAGUUGGUUGCGGAUGUGGAUGUUCAAGAAAAGGGAAAGGAAGAAGAGAGCGUGAUACAUGAGAGGGUGCUGAGGGCAAAUGCAAGAGACUAUGGAAGAUACGAUCCAUCUCCAACUCUUUCAAAGCCUCCUUCCAAGCUCAUUCCUAAUUAAUUGACUUCUCGCUUCGAUCAUAUACUACUGGGAUCAUGUCAUCAUCCAUAUAUAUCAUAAAUAAUCCAUCCCUAGCUAUUAUCUAUAUAAUAUAUAUACUAGUUAUCAUGAGGUGUAUCGUACCUUUUAUCAUGUUUGGAGCCCUAACAUUUUAGUCAUAUAAAUAUAUAUGUAUAUAGAGAGGCAUGUGUUGUAAUUUAA